UGUCCCUGUCCCUGUCCCUGUCCUUGUCCCCGCCACUAUCCCCGCCGCCGCCGUCGUCGUCUGUGCCGUUGCCCACAGCAGACAGCUGCGCCGCCAUAGCCGCGCCGCCGUCGCCAAUGUUCUCAAGUCGGCUGAGCGUCUCCCAGACCAUAGUGCCGCGUGUGAGCUCCUUGGAUCCAAUGGCGCCGUCGCCAAUCAGGUGGUACCACGCCUGGUAGUCCGACAUGCCCCUGUACACGGCGCCACCCACGUGCGUAGCGGUGUCCUCGCUGUGCUCCUUCCUGUGCCUCUGCAUGGCCGCGUUGGUCGGCACAAGCAGCGUGGCGUUUCGAAUGCGGUUGAGCGGAAGCACCAUGCGCAGCCGCUGCACCGUGUGCAGAAACUCGGAGAACCGCUCGUCGGACGACAGGAGGGCCGAUACCAGCAGAAGCAGCAGCAGCAGCAGCGCCACCGAUGGCUCGCGCGUCUUGAGCCGUCGCAUUUCGUCAAGCAAAUGUGUGUGUGAGUAAAAGAGUGUAAAAAGAAAUUAAAAAUGAGACAAUGAAAGCCGAAUUUGAAUUGGAGUAAAAAAAAGGGAGGGGGGAAUGGAAAUAAAAGUAAAAGGAAAAGAGGUUGACCUUAAAGCGGAGUUGUGUGUGCCCCCACGUGCUUACCAAUAAAACCACAGAAACCCGACUGACUGCGCUGUCAACGUCAACGCGCGCUGCUUAUGAUGUGAC